AUGGUGCUCAGGCGCCCAUCUGCCACCAAGACCAAGGACUGGAAGAACGCGCCGUACGCCGGGGGGAAGAACGCGACGCCUGGCAGGGGCUUGCGCCGCGAGCAAGCAAGGCGUAAGCGCACAGUCCCAGAACUUCUGGCGGCGUCUGACGUGGAGAUCGUGAACAUCUUGCUGGGGGACAAGCUGCUCGUCGAUUGGAUUGGGGCGGCUCGUCCUUUCUGCGGGCGCGGCAAGCUCGAUGAGUUGGCAGCUCGCCCGCGCAAGGGCGAUCGCUUCGUGCACCGCUGCAACGCGAAGGGUUGCCAGAAGCACGUGUCCCCUGCCCGCCAGAACCCAAUCCUCAGCGAUCGCUCGACGUCCGAGAGCUUGCAGAGCCAGGCCGCGGUCCUACUGGCGAGGCUCACGGGGAUGUACGCGGAGGACGCGGGGCCGACCAUUGAAUGCAGUGGGCCGAAGGCAUGGGCCGACGUGGAAGCCGACGAGGCGACUUUCGACAAGCUGGACUUGACUGACGGCCCCGAGCCUUUGGAAGACCCGCAGCGCUCCGUCACGUGGAGCAGCGGUUGGGCAUUUCGCAGCGCGAAGAAGUACAAGAUCGUCGGCUGCAAGAGGGUGCUCAUCCCCCCCAAGUACGUCGAGCUGAAGACGCACGUACUCCCGUCGGGCAAGCACCUGAAGGUCAAGAGCGGCGCGCAGAUCAUUGACCGCGCGUGGUGUUCCAUCAAAGACCUCAUCCACAGGAGCGCCAACGCCAAGGCAGGAACCAAGCUGCUUGCCACCAAGGUCCGCUCGGCCCAGUGUGACUGCUGGCACAAGGACGACGACAUGCGGGUCAAGACGGGGGAGAUGGUGCAGCGCAUCAUGCGCGACCUGCUGACUGCGUGA